AUGGACAAAAUAAAUAAAAAUGAAAUAAACAGUGACAACUCUGAUGAAGAGAUUGGGUUAAAUGGAUAUUUAAUUGAAGAGGGAUUUGAAACUUAUAAAUAUGAAUUUUAUGAUGAUAUUAAAAUUGAAAUUGAGGGACAAGAAUUACAAAAUGUAAAUGUACAACCAUCAACAGGAUUAUUACCAUGGCCAGCAAAAGAAUUCAUUGGAAAAGAUAUUGUUGAAUUAGGAUCAGGUGUUGGAUUAUGUGGUUUAGUUUCAUCAAAAUAUUCAAAUUUUACAUUAUUUUCAGAUGGUGAUGAAAAAUCGUUACCAUUAUUAAGAGAUAAUGUUAAUUCCAAUUCUAAACUAUUUAAUAACAAUAAUGAUAGAAUCUCAAUUGAAAGAUUAUAUUGGGGUGAUAAUCAACCAACAUUAACUCAUUUCAUUCAACAAUAUUCAACAAAAUAUAAUUUUAAUACUAUCAUUGGUUCUGAUUUAAUUUAUGUUGAUUCUUCAAUUGAACCAUUAUUCUUUACAGUUGAUUCAAUCUUAAAAACAAAUAAAUCAAGUGGUAAAGGUACAUUUUAUUUAUCAUUUUUAGAUCGUAAAAAUCAUUUCCCAACCUUAUUAUCAGUUUCUGAAAAAUAUAAUUUUACUAUGGAAAUUAUAGAAUUAAAUAAAUUUGUAAAUUAUGAUGCACCAACAAAUGCAAAAAUGUUAAUUUUUAAAAAGAAAUAA